AAAAUCGCCUAACAUGUCAGAGUUUAAGCAUCGAUCGUUCGACAAACCCAAUUUACGAAAACAGCUUAAAAUUUUCGAUGUGUUUGCGUCUCAAUAAAGAAUUAGUUUUUGAUCUCGCUCUAUAUGGAACAGAAUAAAAUUUUCCUGCAGAACGUGGCCAAUAUCCCUGGCCAACUGAAUCUCAGGCAACUGGAAUUAUCUACCAUGGCCUAUAAGCGUUUGUGCGUGGAACUGGAGUCACUGACCAGUACUCCAGCUCCACCACUGGCUCCCGUGGCCACUCAGGGAUUACGAGCAAGUGCCUCGGAAUUUGUGCCACAAGUACCUCUCAACAGCGAUCGCAUACCGACCGACUUGGAGGAUGAACAGGAUGAGUACUCGGAUGACGAUGGAUAUGACGUGGAGCGCACCAUGGCAGCUCCCAAGCCCUCAAUCUAUGGUCCUCGGUUCAAUAAUCACCACUUUGAGUCCGAUGGAGUGGCCGAGAGCCACUUGGAGGUGGAGAGGAAGAGGAAGUUCGGCUAUAGGGCUCCCAAAUUUCGACCAAACCAGCCAACGGGGCGAUCCCUGAAGACGGAAACGAGCUCCAUUCCCACGGCGAAGCCUCCCAAGGAACUGGCCAACGGACAGCCGCACUUCAAGGGACCCUACAUGCCGCUCCUACAGCACCGCAUUGCCAAUGCAGAGGCAUACGGGCUCAUCCGGGCUCCCAACGAACGGAGCAGCAUGCUGCUCGAGGACAUGGUCAAGCAGCUGGCCCGCCUGGACAAGUGCCCCUUCAACCUCAACUCGCUCUUUCGGGGCAGAGGUCCACCGAACCCCGCAUCCUAGAUGACAUACUAUAGUAUUUAAAAUUGUAAGAAUUUCUUGAUUAAAGAAGGCGCUGACUUUGUGGUCGAUCUGC